AUGCCAUCUAAACUUUAUGGCUUAAAAUUUUUUAUAUUACUGUUUAUUGUUGUCGAUGCUUCGCAUAUUGUUCAAACCACUAACGUGAAUGGGGAGCAGCUAAAUAUUAUUGUAUGGAUCUGCCCUGAUCUGGAUCUUUACGAAAUUGUUGAGUAUGCCAUUCAACACUAUAGCAGUGUGGACGAUAUUACCAACGCAAUACAACAACUUAUAGGAGGCUACCGUGAUCUUUUAUGGACCGUGAACGCGUUGGUUUAUACUCGUACGACGGCGGAUUUAAUGCCAACAAAGCGGACAACCAGCAAAAAUCUUUGUUUUGUCUCUGUUACACAAGAAAAUAUUAUCGUUUACGUUGCUGCUAUGAGCAGUCGAUCAACCGCUCAUCCACGAGCACGUCCAACUUCCAAAAUGUCCGAAGAUGAGCUACCACGAGCCUAUGCACGUGCAGCCAGCAGCAGUAGCUCCACAUCAACUUCAUCGAACGGUGAACUUCGCAGUGUUUCACCAUGUCGUCGAACUCGAAAGCGUUAUACCUCACCAGGAUCUUCCUCCAGUUCCAGUUCAAAAUCAGUAAAGCGAACCGCAAAACAACGACAAUCACGAAAACGUCGACGUAACUCGUCCUCGUCGACUCGUAGCAGAUCAACAUCUCGUCCAAUGUGGCCACGGAAGCAGGAGAAUCGUAGCCCAUCGCCGAAAUCAUCCUCGUCCUCCUCGUCAGAUGAUUCACGUCCCGAAAAACCACAUCGACACCGGUCCGCAUCACGUCAUCGAUCGAUAUGGAUGCCUCAAAAACGUGUCGGAACGAAACAUGGCCAAGCUGAUCGGAGUGAUCAACUUUAUGAGCCACGUCCUGUAACAAGUGAAUGGACACGGAAAACAUACGCUUGCGAAUGCGGUGAACAUUAUGGGUCACAGAAGGCUUUGGCACAUCAUAUCCUACAAAAUCAUAACGCAGAAAUACCGUGUUUCGGCUGUAAUAAGAUUCUAUCAUCUCUAGCGGAAAUGUUGGAACAUUUUCAAACUGUGCAUAAGAAAAAUCUUGUCGCUUGUGUAUAUUGCAAGUCGGUCUUCGGCAAAGCAGGCGAUAUGACAGAAAAUCAAUGGAAGCGAUUGAAAACUCAUAUGUAUGGGGAACUUGUCUACGCUAAAUUGGCUGAGCUACAAGGAUAA